UCGGUCCGGGUCCCGGUGUGGUCUGAAAACACUGGUGAUUUAUAUAAUACCCGGUGAUUCAUACAAAAGUAAUGGAUUAGGUCAGCUGCCUCUAUGUGCACAAUAAAGUCGUGUUCUCAUUACCCACCAUUUUUGACAAUCGAAAACUUCAAACUUUUCUUCUCCAAUUCUGAAAUCUGAAUGUCUCAAAAUUAAUCGAAAUGUGUCCUCUCAGAUUUAUUCUCGUCUUCCUCUCCGCCACUCUUGCCGGUUUUUUCCUUAUCAGAAAUUUCAAAUCUGAUCCCCACCUUGAUCUCGAUUCUGACAACAACGACAGCAGCAGCAGCAAUUCGUCGAUCCAACAAACCCCCGCCACUCUUUUCUCCAAGGUUCGUUUAACAAUGGAGUCUGGGUUUUGGACUUUCGUGGACAUGGCUAGCGGUAAAUAUUUGUGGAGGCAUUUGGUUUCUUCUUUUUGCAAAACGCGCUUAGUUGAAAAGAAAUUGUCUUGAUUGUAAGAUUGUUGUUGUUUUUGUAAGAAAAAAGGUUGUGAUUACAUGAAUUACAUGAACUCUUUACAAAGGUUGUUUAAGAUGGUGUUCUGGGAAAUGAGAGAACUGGAUAAUUGUAUUGUUAGUGUUUUUGUGAUCAAAUUUCGGUAAAUUAUUGAUGUUCGCUAUUGAUUUUCUUGCUA